CCUUGCUAGUCUAAUUCAACCCAACGUUUUAUAACUAGAUUAUCUUUCCUGGAAAGAAAAGAAAAGUCCUUCGCUGAGAAGCAAGAUCUUUGUAACCUUCUUCAUUUCUUUGUCCUUGACCGUCGCUUUGCUGAUUAUCGUGACAAGUGAUUGAUCAUGUCGAUGCUCGAUUCGUUCUUCAAUAAAGGUUUCAAAGCUGCAAAGUGCAAAACCUUGCUCAAGUUAACGAUCCCUCGGAUAAAGCUAAUCAGGAACCGAAGAGAAGCACAGAUUAAGCAAAUGCGGCGUGAAAUCGCUAAACUUCUCGAGACUGGUCAAGAAGCCACUGCUCGGAUUCGUGUUGAGCAUAUUAUAAGGGAAGAGAAGAUGAUGGCUGCUCAAGAGAUACUAGAGCUCUUCUGUGAGCUCAUUGCUGUUCGCCUUCCUAUUAUAGAGGCUCAAAGGGAAUGUCCUCUAGAUCUAAAAGAAGCGAUAUCAAGUGUAUGUUUUGCUGCGCCAAGGUGCUCUGAUUUGACUGAGCUUCAGCAGGUUCAACUACUAUUUGUUUCCAAGUACGGCAAGGAGUUCGUUGCAGCUGCAUCUGAGCUCAAGCCGGAUUCUGGUGUCAAUCGUAAGUUGGUGGAGUUGCUGUCUGUGCGUGCACCUUCCCCAGAAACUAAACUGAAACUUCUCAAGGAAAUUGCACAAGAGCAUCAACUUGAUUGGGACCCUGCUUCUACAGAAACUGAUCUCUUUAAAUCCCAUGAAGAUCUCCUUGUCAGCACUUUUCUCUUUAUUAUCUCUUCUCUGCCUGGUCAGAUUUGCUUUGUUUGUUCAAAUCCUUUUUCCUUUCUUUCUUUUCAGGAUGGACCAAAGCAAUUUGGUGGAGGCUCUAAGGUGCCAUUAAAGGAGGAACAAGAUAAAGGGUCACAUUUGACAAUGUUAUCUCUUUCACGUCCAGAGGAACAAUCUGAUUCUGACUCGGAGUCUGAACAAUUAGACUUCCCUGAGGUCCCAAAUGUCUUGCUGCGGCCGAGUCCAGCCCCUACCCCUGAAAGUGCAGCGAAACCUGCCGCUACUUAUGAACACACCUCUCCCGACUUGCCCUUUGAUUCAGAGAAUGCAGGAGAGGAUAAUCUGGCUUCCAGAAGAGAUGAACAUACUGCAAAAGCAAGCAGCACUGUCGUGGAAGGCCAACCAACUUCGACGGAAUCUGAUCCCGUGAAACAGAACAGUUAUUCUCCACCAUCUGUUGGUGUAGUAGGAUCCCACUCUACAAACGAGAGUGAUGCUCCAAGGAAAAUAUCCGAUGUGGACUUGCAGGAUGUCCUAACGGCUGCUCAAGCCGCUGCUGAUUCAGCGGAACGUGCGGCAGCAGCUGCCCGUUCAGCUGCAAGUCUUGCACAGCUCAGAAUCAAUGAGCUCACGAAGAAGACACCUGACCACUCUCCUGAGAGCCCGACUGAGAACCCUUUCUAUUCAAGCCCACCACAACAGACAACGGAAAACCCACAAUUUGAUCAUCGGAGUUCAUCGGUCGGAGAUCAUACUGAGUUCCAAAUGGCAGAGACUUCAUCACUUUUCAGCCGCGAAACAGAGAGACUCCCCUCAAUGGAAAAAUCGCAGUUUGAUCAUCAAAACUCAUCAGCCACCACCUAUGGAGAUCUUACUGACUUCCAACUAGGUGACUAUUCAUCACCUUUUAACCAUGAGUGGAACAACCACCAAGCAGGGAGACUCCCUUCUAUGGAAAAACCUCGGUUUGAUUAUCAGAAUUUAUCAGUCAGCAGCUAUGGCGAUCUUACAGAGCUCCAAAGACCAGAGACCUCGUCAUUUGACAGACUCACCUCUGACCAGGACCACCAGCAAAUGAGACUACCUUCCAGGGAAGACGAUCCAUAUUACUCAUACCCUAAUCUGUUCACAUCGCAGAAUCCUGACCGCUCACCUGGCUCCCGUUCAUUUUCAGACACUUCAAAAAAUCUGCCCAUGAUUCUUGACUCUCAAGUGAAAAUGUUAUAAUGGAAGCUUGGUGUUUUUUUUCGGUUUGUUACAUUUAUGCUGUUCCUUAUCUUGUGGAACAAAGAGCUCAAACUCUUUUUGAACUGCUUUUCCUUUUUUCUUGUGUGGAAAAUUUGUAUAAUUUAUAGAAACUUGUUGUGAUUGAUUAUGUUCAUGUAAAUUCUCUCUCUGUCGAGUUUCCAUACAGACCGGUUAGUCGAAG